CCGGCGGGCCGCACUCUGCCACGAUGUCGGGGUUCAUGUCGAACAUGAUCAUCUCCAUGGUCCUCAUGGUGGUGGUCCAGAAUGCUGUGAACUCGUACUUUGGGUUCGAAACCCCCGCCGUGUGCAAGGAAGGCGUGAACGAAAUGACAUGGCUCGGCAAGCCGUACGAGUCGGACCCGUAUUUCCACCCCAAGUCGAUCCACCGCACGUCGCACUUCAUUGGGCUAGACGACGGCACGAAAUUGGCCGCUGAUUUGUAUUACUCUGAACAAGCCACGUACAACGACUUGAAACAACCCACCGUCAUCCACUUUACCCGCCACGGACGUGGCUACACCUUGGACUUUCCCCUGUCGAAGAUCACCGCCGGUGGGGAUUUCAUCAACCCUCGCACUGGAUCGUACAUUCCUCGCAUUGUCACGACGUCGUACGCAUGGCUCGUUGUCGACAUUCGAGGCACAGGCGCGUCUUUCGGCAAGAAAGAGUUUGAUUUCGUCGACCAAGAAGCUGCUGAUGCUAAGAAUGUCAUUGACUGGGUCCUGAAGCAAAGCUGGUCGAAUGGUGAAGUGUCGUUGUUUGGUUUCGGUACAGAUGGUGUCUCUGCCGUCGUUGCUGCUACCAGCGGCCACAAGGCUGUGAAAGCUCUUGCUUUGCACGGUGUGCCAUUGGAUUUGUUCGACUCGGCCUUCUUCCCUGGUGGGCUCCACAACUACCGCGCGUCGUCCAUGUAUGCUGGUUUUUCUGCUGCCACGGAUGCCAACAAGCGUUGGGACAAAGUGCCGCACUUGAAGUCUCGCCUCAUGAUGACCACUUUCGGCGGUAACGUCGCCCCCGUGAACAAGAGCGAGCCUCACGUUCAUGCUGCCGCUGUCGCUGAGCAUGUCAACAACGGCAACUUUCACGAGGAAACCAAGGACAUUUUGUUCCGUGACGACAAGUUAUCGUCGUUGGAUUUGACCUUUGAACAAAUCAACGUCCCGCGGUUGUUUCAAAAAUUGGCCGAGUCGAACGUGCCCGUGCUCAACAUGGCUGGGUACUACGACAUGGGGGCGUCUCGCGCUGCGACGGUCUUGCACCGGUAUUUGACGGGCACGUUGGACGAUGCAUCUCACGUGGCGUAUGGCCUGGCGCCUCUUCCUGCCAAGUCUGUACCGUCGACGCAAUACCACUUGAUCUUGGGACCUUGGAGUCACUCGAACGUGGACAACAUCGACCCGUAUGCCGAGGGCAAGACUCGCUGCUUCGAACACAUUGAGCAAAUCUCGCGCUUCUUUGACUACCACGUGUACAACGCGGACCGCGCCGGAUUGACCCAGCUCCAAGACGAAGACCCGAUCCAUUACUAUACAGUGACGGAAAGCAAGUGGCGCACCGCAACGACGUGGCCGCCCGCUUCGAUCGACGAAACACACACGUACCUCUUCAGCUUGAACAACACGUUGGUCGAACAUGCAGCGGAUGUUGUGGACGGAUCGGCGUCGGCGACUUUCACCGCGGACUUCAACACGCAAAACAACGUGGUGAACCGGUGGCACGCGAUGGACCACAUUUUCCUGAACAAGCCCACGUACGCGUACAACCGCGACGACUUGGUGACGAAGGCCAUUACGUUCACAACCCCGCCGCUCCACCAGCAAGAAGUGACGGGUGAAAUGACGGUCAAGCUGUACUUUUCAGUGGAUGCCCCCGGCGUGAGCUUGGUUGCGUACUUGGAAGAUUUCAACAACGUGCCUCCGAUCGUACACUCGACCCUCGUCGCCACCAAAACCAAGGUUCGCGGUGGUACGACAUACAUUACGGAAGGCGUGCUCAACCCGAUCCAUCAAUCGAUCGCGCCGGGCAACCCGUUGCACACGUUCAAGAAGGAUGCGUCGCGAACGAUCGAGCCGAACGUUGUGUACGAAGCGACGUUCAACUUGUACCCGACGUCGUACUUUUUGCCCCACCAACAUCAAUUCCGCAUCACGAUUGUCGGCCACGAAGCCGCCACGUUUGACAAUCGCGUCGCUGACAAAGCAUCCAAGUUGACUGUGCAUUUCAGCGAAGAAUUCCCGUCGUCCGUCACGAUCCGCUCGCAUGAGGUGCCGCUUCCCGUCGUGAACGAAGUUCAGGUCGAGAAGGCAACGAAGCCGACGACGGACGUCAGCAAGGAGCAAAGGGUGGCCGAGAAGGAAGAAGACGAAUUUGCGACGGAAAAGAUCGAGCUGUAAUCGAAACAUUCCAAGCAGGGGCGAAGCUACGACGUCGCAUUCGUGGUAUGAAUAUAGCUGUAUUGAUGCACCCAUGUUCGCACAGCCGUCAUUGUUGCCAACUGGUCCGUUCCACGGCACGUUAGCUUGCCAUGCAUUUCUAUCCUAGUCUUGGGGCUGUAGUUGCCGGCGACGGGAGACAAGUGACUGCUGACGAUAAAGUGCCUUCGAGUACCCUGCUGAAUCAAGUCUUAGCACGUAAACACACCCGCACAAGCCAAUUAUGAUGAACCUUAAAUGUACACGAGUUCAGCGUUCUGCAAACGCAGGACUUCCUUGUCAGUCAAAUCGUCAAUACAAUGCGAACCCCAGCCCCAAGCUCGCUCC